CGGAACCUUGCAGUUGUAGGCUUGUUGUUAGGGGAAAGGUUUUGGGUGCGCGCAGUGUCUGGAAACCUUUCCAGGCGGUGUUUUUCCGGUGUAGCGAGGAGAUGGUUCGCAGCCGGAGCCGGUCCCCGGAGAGGCGGAGAGAACGCAGACGUUCCAGAUCCACUUCCAGAGAGCGUGAAAGGAGGAGACGAGAGCGAUCCAGGUCCCGAGAGAGACGGAGGAGCCGGUCACGUUCUCCACAUAGACGCCGCUCCAGGUCACCCCGCCGGCACAGGUCUUCCAGCCUCUCACCUGGUAGACGUGAUGACGACAAAGAUGGUAAAGAUUCAAAAAUGGUCAAGGAGCGGGAGAUGACAGCGGAGGAACUUGAAGGAAAGACUGAAGAGGAGAUUGAAAUGAUGAAGAUGAUGGGUUUUAGCUCAUUUGACACCACUAAGGGGAAGAAAGUAGAUGGAUCUGUUAAUGCAUAUGCCAUAAAUGUGUCUCAGAAAAGAAAAUACAGGCAGUACAUGAACAGGAAAGGAGGCUUCAACCGACCUCUGGACUUCAUUGCCUGAUGUGCAGGAGCGCGGUGUACAGUAUGUAUACUCGGGACCCGCCACCAGGGGAAGCGGUCACUGUGGUUGUGGCAUUGGUCGGGGUGAUUACCCUGGGAUCCCGUGAGACUUGAGUCGGAGGAUGGUUGGGUUUAGUUUUCUCUUUUUAUUUAGUUUUUGACUUGUAUGUAUUGUAUUUGUAUUGUAUAAUAAAAGGUUUUCUUAUGUA